UUAGUCAUUCAAAAAGAAAAGAGACUAACUACUACCACAACAAAAAUGGAGAAAUCAGCUUUGAUAUUCAUUGGUAUUCUGCUUUUUUCAACAUGUACACCAAUUCUGGCACGACCUGGAUAUCAACCUUGCAAGAAGAACUCUGAUUGUGCUAGACUCAAAUGCCCAUCACCACUAGGACACCCCACGUGUGUGAAGGGUGGUUGUGAAUGCCCUUUUGAAGAACAUGCGGCAUUACCAGAUGAUACCAACUGUGGUGUGGCUGCUUGCUUUGACUAUUGCAAGGCAAGAGGAGAAGUUGCUUCUGCUUGUCUUUUGAACCAUUGUUUUUGUCGCAAACCUCCUAUGUAGAUUUUACAAAGAACUUACAUUCUAUUAACAAAAAACAUAGUUCCUUAAA